CUAAAUAGAGUGUGAGAGUGAGUCAAAAACAGAAACCCACAAAGAAACCACCAUUUUCAGGACUAGAAAAAAAAACAUACGCGUGCUCAUUAAGCCAAAUUCUUCUUCAAACCCUUUGUAGAUCUUCACAUAGUCACACAGUGACCUUCUUCAGAUCUACACUCUCAGCACCAUCUCACACAUUGCCAUAUUUUCUAGGUGUAACUAAAAAAUUCAAGAAUUCAACAUUCCUAUAUUUAUUUUGCUAUUUACAACAACCCCUUUUUGUGUUUUUUUUCUUCAGAUCUAUUAAAAAAAUUAAUAAUAAUAUAUAGUUAUAUUAGUAGAUAGUACUAUACACGUUAACAAUGCAAUCAGGAAAUGCCACGUUAGUUCCGGAGAAAAUGCACGGCGGUGGUGGAGGAGAGGCGGUGGAACCACCGCCACAUCAGCAGCAGUGGUUUAUGGGUGAUGAGAGGGAUGGGUUUAUAUCAUGGUUAAGAGGUGAAUUUGCUGCAGCAAAUGCUAUAAUUGAUGCUUUGUGUCAUCAUUUAAGGUUAGUAGGUGAGCAGCCUGGUGAGUAUGAUGGUGUAAUUGGAUGUGUACAACAAAGGAGAGGGAAUUGGAGCACUGUGUUGCAUAUGCAGCAGUACUUUUCAGUAGCUGAAGUGAUCUAUGCAUUGCAUCAGGUUGAGUGGAGGAAGCAGCAAAAAGGGGGUUUUAAUAAUAAGAGGAAUAGUGGGGGUUCUAGAGGAGGAGGAGGAGGGGGUUGGAGAAGUGAGGGUCAUAAUUUUACUAUGGAUGCUAAUAGUAAAGAGUUUUAUAGUAAAUCUAACGGGGUCGAAAAGAUUGAUGUUAUAGAAAAAGAAAUAGAUGUGAAGCAAGGGGAAAAGAAAGAAUUGGUUGGAAAUCCAGAAGGAGAUAGCUCAAUGAAGAGUUCAGUUUGCAUAGAAGCUGCUGACUCACAAAGUGAAAUGGACAAAACCGAUCAUAAACGUGAUUCAAAUUCUGAUGGGUCUUGUAAGGCGGAGAAUGAAUCCCGAUCCAGCGAAGUACCAAAUGAGAAGCAGAAUGUUACUGUUGUACCAAAAACUUUUGUUGCUACAGAGAUAUACGAUGGAAAACCGGUUAAUGUUGUUGAUGGCAUGAAACUGUACGAGGAACUGCUAAGCAGUUCANGACCCACAUACAGACACCUGAACUACUCAAUACGUGGAGCUCGGGAGUUUGAGGCAUUAGUUGCAAUUACUCCUGACUGUCUCUUUUGUCGCCUUGUGAGAAAUAGUGUAAUUUUGAGUCGCCUGAGGAUGAACUUCGAAAUUAAGCUCAAUUUCCACAAAAGAAAAAACAACUUUAGUAGGCUUCCCGCAGUUCACCGUUUUCUGUUGAACAAAGCAAAUAAACGUGCAAUGUGUGAUGUGUGGAUUAGGUGCAUGACACAGCAAGCAGCACAGACAUUUAUAGUCUCAAAGAGACCGAUGAAGGGGCACGGAAGGGAGAUGAUCCAGCUGGGCCUACCCAUUGCAGAUGCACCUCCUGAAGAUGAAGCUGCCUUUGCAACAUUUAAAGAGCGGAAAAUGGAAGUGAUUCCUGGCUUGUUCCAAGAUGUUAUUGAACGACUGAGUGCUAUGCAAGUUUUAACUGCGAAGCCAGAUGCUUGCACUAUUGACAUCUUCAAUGAGGGGGACCACUCACAACCUCAUAUGUGGCCUUAUUGGUAUGGGCGGCCUGUAGCUAUGUUGUUCUUGACAGAAUGUGAAAUGACUUUCGGUAAGAUGAUUGGUGUGGACCAUCCGGGCGAUUAUCGAGGCUCUCUCAAACUCUCUUUUGCACCAGGAUCCGUACUUGUAAUGCAGGGAAAAUCAACCGAUUUUGCUAGACAUGCUAUUCCAUCCAUCCGUAAGCAGCGUAUACUUGUGACCUUUACAAAGGUGCAGCCAAGAAGAUUCAAGUCUGGUGAUAGUCAGCGUUUCUCUUCAUCAGCAGGAGGUGCUGCCCCCCAGUGGGUCCCCCCUCCUAGCAGGUCACCAAAUCAUAUCCGUCAUCCUUUUGGGCCCAAGCAUUAUGGUUCCAUGCCAACAACCGGCGUAUUACCCGUUCCAGCUAUUCGUUCACAGUUAGCUCCUCCAAAUGGUAUCCAGCCAAUUUUUGUUCCCGCUGCGGUUGCACCGCCUAUGGCUUUUCCUGCACCAGUUGCUCUUCCACCUGCCUCAGGUGGAUGGGCAGCACCCCCUCCUAGGCAUCCCCCACCACGACUUCCACUCCCUGGCACUGGCGUUUUCCUUCCUCCAGGCUCUGGGGCUUCAGCCACUGGCAACAAUCCUGCUGAAAAUCCAACUUCUUCAGAAAAGGACAGUGCAGGUUCUCUUAGAGAUACCACUGCUUCUCUGAAAGAUAACGUGGAUAGUGAAGUAGAAACACAAGAGGGCAACGGAAAGAUAGAUGAUAGUGGUGCAGAGACAGCAGUGGCUAAUGAAGAACGACACUAACUGCUGAUUUCAGCAGUGCAGGAACCAGGACGAAAAAGGGUGAAUGUUUUGUUGGAAGGAAAAGGUUUAGGUUAGAAACUGCAGUGAGUUUUGAAGCAAAUGUAAAGAGCGGCCGUUGUUCAGAGUUAUACUCACACAUCCAGCAGAGCAAGGGAAGGGAGCUAGCUAUUCUCCAUGAUCUCCUUUGCUUGCUCUUCCUUUUUGUUGUCUUAUCAAACAUAAAUAUAUAUAUAUAUAUAUAUCUCUUAUAUUAAAUGAGAAACUUAGCUACAAAACUUUAUUAUA